CGAUCCGGGAGGUGAAGAACAUUGCUUCCCAAGCCGUCUACCAGACCAGCUCCCAUCUGGCCAUCUCCAAGGGUUUCAAAAAUUAUUGCGUUGGAUUAGGAGUUGGCUGGGACCGGGACCGGGCCUGGGACCGGGACUGGGACUGGGGCCGGGACCGAUCCCGAUUUCAAUUGUUUUCAAAUCGGAACCUUCACGUUAAGAUUCUCCUGAAUUGGUGGAUUUUCAGAUCAAAUGGCCGAUUGUUAAGGUUCUGAGAAUCGAUUCUGUCCGAUUCCAAUCCAAUCAAAAUCGUCAAAGACCGAUUCAAUCACCGAUUCUGGUUUCUAAAACCCUUCCUCCACUCCUCUUCGACACUGAUACUGAGUCGUCGGUCCUCUCCAACACGAGCCACCCAACCUCCGUCCUCUUCAUAAGGCCAUCCGGCGAUCACCACAACCAGGUUCCCUCUCUCCGUCAUCUGCACGGGGCUAUCCGGCGGCUAUCACCAGGUGACUGGCCGUUUGCCUGUUGAACAACUGUUUCAUUGAAGGUGUAGGUGAAGUAAAAUGUUUAAGCAAGUAUUGGGAAAUUUGUGGAUCCAAAGGGCUUCUAUAUCGAGCAAGGAGAAAGUUGUUCCAGUUUUAUAUCUGUGGAGGCACAGCUUCCAUAGUGGACAGGCUAAUUCUGCACCAAGAAGCUUCUUUGGGGUGGAAGAUUUCCUCGAUGAUGAUAACAGCCGCCCGUACACAUACAAAAAGGAAAAGAAGACAAAGAACCCACAUAAACACAUAUCUUUCAAGCAGCGGACCGUAGCAUACAUGGAACCUUUUACACUUGAUGUUUUCAUCUCCAAGCGCUUUGUUUCAGCAUCGAUUACACACAGGGUGACAAGUAAGCAGGUAGCAGUUGCUGGUACAAACUCUAAAGACAUCAAGGCUGUUCUCCAGUCCCGGUCAGACAUACCUGCAUGUUUGGCUGUUGGCCAAAUCUUAGCUGAUAGGGCAAGAGAAGCUGAUGUCUACACUGCUUCUUAUACUCCAAGGGAGAGGGACAAGUUUGAGGGGAAGAUCAGGGCAGUGGUUCAGUCUCUCAUAGACAGUGGAAUUGAUAUUAAAGUCUUUCUUGAUUGACUUUCAGAAGGAAAAUGUAUUUUUUUUUCUUUUUUGGGAUGGGGAGGAGGGUGUUCUUGGGAUAGAUUUGGAUUUUGGACCAUCUCGGGGAUUACCCAUACAAAAUUCUCACAUUAGGUCACUGUACUAAACAAUCACAGGAUAGAACAGGAGAGGGAACACAUGUUUUGAUAUCUGCACCAUAUCCUUGUGUGUGUUUUUUGUUCAA